GAGGAGUUGUCGCCUGGGGUUUUGCAUGGCUGAAUGGGCUUGAGCUUAUUCCUCAAUACGCAAUUGGAUAUUACCUAACCUUGGUCAGUUCAAGUUUUAGGCUGCUCUUUUGGGGACCUUUUGCCGCUUAUGGACUUAAUGCGUUUUGAUUUAAUGUGAGACUGAGAGGAGAGACGUGGAAGUGAGGCACAAUAUAAUCUAUUGGUUUACGUUGUCGCCAUGUCCAUGCUUCCGACGUUUGGCUUUACGCAGGAACAAGUGGCGUGUGUCUGCGAAGUCCUCCAACAAGGGGGGAACAUCGAGCGGCUGGGGCGCUUCCUCUGGUCCCUCCCGGCGUGCGAGCACCUCCACAAAAAUGAGAGCGUCCUCAAAGCGAAAGCCGUGGUCGCCUUCCACCGGGGGAACUUCCGAGAGCUCUACAAGAUCCUAGAGAGCCACCAGUUUUCGCCGCACAACCACCCGAAGCUGCAGCAGCUGUGGCUCAAAGCGCACUACAUCGAGGCGGAGAAGCUGAGAGGCCGCCCGCUCGGCGCCGUGGGGAAGUACCGCGUCAGGAGAAAGUUCCCCCUGCCCCGCUCUAUCUGGGACGGAGAGGAGACGAGCUACUGCUUCAAGGAGAAGAGCAGGAGCGUCCUCCGCGAGUGGUACACCCACAACCCUUACCCGUCUCCGCGGGAGAAACGAGAGCUGGCCGAGGCCACGGGACUCACCACCACGCAGGUCAGCAACUGGUUCAAAAACCGAAGGCAGAGGGACCGGGCAGCAGAGGCGAAGGAAAGGGAAAACAACGAGAACUCCAACAGCAAUAGUCACAACCCAUUGACUUCUUCCAUGAAUGGAAAUAAAACUCUAUUGGGGAGCUCGGACGACGAUAAAACACCCUCCGGGACACCGGAUCACACGUCUCCGAGCCCGGCUCUGCUCCUCGGCGCGAACAGCGGUUUACCGUCCCUGCACGGCCUCGCGCCCCCGCCGGGACCCAGCGCCAUCCCGGUACCAAGCGGUGCAGACUCGGUGCACCAUCACCACUCAUUGCACCAUGACACCAUACUGAACCCUAUGUCUUCUAAUCUAGUGGACCUUGGCUCUUAAAAAAAAAAAAACACGACACAGAAAGGGGACA